GAAACGUCAAACCUGUCAAACUUGUCAUCAACGUCAUUGUCCGAGCCGCGCUUUAUAUAUCAUCGCAGUUUAGGUUAAUAAAUGAAUUAAUGACCGCUCCGAACGAACUAAAAUAAUUAUUUAUACUCGCGAAACUGCACGGGAAAUUCCACGCGAGCGAAAAUGGACGUUUUUUUGAUGAUAAGAAGGAAAAAACUCACCAUUUUCACCGACGCGAAAGACACCACGACGGUUUUCGAACUGAAAAAGAUCAUCGAAGGUAUAUUGAAAAUUCCACCGCAAAAUCAGCAGCUCUACAACAAGGAAUACACCGUGAUGGAAGAUGACAGGCAGUUGCAGGAUUACGGGCUGACUUCCAAUACUGCAAAGGCCCAAUGUCCGGCCACCGUCGGACUGGCUAUACGAGACGAUAAUGGGGAUUUCGAGCAAUUGGACCUGAUACCCUACUCGGCCCCCCCUGAUCUACCCGAUGUAAUGAAAUCCCAAGAGAACAACGGCCAAGAACAAACAUCUUGAACAUCCUGCGUGUACAUAACCGUAUAAUAACAUUAUUAUAUAUAUUUUUUUCUAAUUUAAUUCCUGCUGUGGUUUUAUUUUUUUUUUACUUAUCGUACGGAUAAACAAAUCGAGGAGAAAACGAGGAGUAAUUUGUGUUGUUUGUUUGUUUGUUAAGGAAAUCACCAGAUUUAGUAACUUUUUCAAAAUCUAGUAAUAUUAACAGAUUUUAGUAAAAUCACCAGUUUUUAUUGACUUUGAAAAUCUGGUAAUAUUACCAGAAUCUAGUGAUAUUACCAGACUUUAGUAAAAUCACCAAAUUUUAGUGACUUUUUGCAACAAAUGGAGAAAUAAGGGGAUUGUAUUUUUUGUUUUGUUUCUGUUUCAGGCGGGGUUUUUUUUUGUUAAUAAUUUAUUAUAUUUGAUUCAGUAAUUGAGUAAUAUUUUUUUAUUGUGUGAUGAUUAAUUGGUUCAUAUAUAAAGGGAGUGUAAGGAAAUAAUUUCCUUUAAAAUAACAUCUCAUCGAUAAGGUUUAGUAUUAAAGGAAAAUUGUUAGGAGCUUUGUAAUUGUGCAAACGCCCUGUAUACACUCUGAUAUGCAUUAUGGAUUCGAUUUGAUUUCGGGCUGGAUUCCUGUAGAGGAAAAGGCUCGAUUGCGUUUUUCUCGAAUAAAUAUACCUACUGAAAUGAUGAGAAUAUUAUUAGUGGUUGUAAAUAAAUUUUCGAAAUUU